UUCGGCAACGCGCAGAACGCGCACACUUCUCGCGCCGCACACGCAGCGCGCGAGCCAGCGUUCAGGCUAUAUGGUUCCAGCCGCUGGGGACACGUAGCCAUUUCGUUCGUUUCGUCGGCCUCGUCGGACGCAACCGGGUCCCGAGCAAGCCAUACCGACCUUCACGAGUUCGAGAGCCUCUACCCCUCCCCAUUCCCGCCGUCCGUCCAGCAGCGGCCAGGAUGUCCAUCGUCAUGGUGGGCCCGUUCCCGGGCCCGUUCGACAGGACGCACUACUCGGACUCGUCCGGCGAGCACCCGACGGGCCGCCAGCAGUCGUGCCCGCCCGUGGCUCGAGCCCCCGCGCUGCGCCAGCCGGGACCGUACCUCAGGGUGCUGCAGGAGCAGGAACCGGCCGGGACGCCGGGAACACUCCACGACGGCGUGGCUUACAGCGCGGUGAUGCAGACUGACACCGGAGCCCCGCCGCCGGCGCACAUUCCAACGUGCCAGGAGCCGGAACCCGAGACGCCGCCAGAGCCUCCCGGACCAUACCGCGCUGCGCCUUCAGCGAAAAGCAAAUGCUACGCCCUGCUGCGCCGCCUGGCGGCGGUCGCCCUGGUUCUGGCCGUGGCCGCAGUCGUGGCGGGCGCGGUGUCCCGGGACGUUCGCGGCGGCGGCGCCGUCUGGACCGACACGGCGCCCAUCAAGGCCGGAAACGCGGCGGUCAAGUCGGCCAACGCCACGGGCCGCAAGAGCGCCGCGUGUCCGUGCAGCGAGUCUUCCACGACCCACGCGACGCCCGCCACCGUCCAGGGACGCGGCGGUCACGGCACGCCCACGGCGCCAGGAGCGGCGCGUCACCACAGGCACCGCGGAGGGACCAGCCACGGCCGGAAGUCUGGCCGGUCGUCGCCAUUGUCAUCGUCGCCGUCGUCGUCGUCGUCGUCGACGUCGUCGUCACCGGAUGCGACGACCGAGGCCCCGUGGCAGGCGACCGAGGACGCAGAGCGGGAGGUGCCGCGCGAACCGGCGCUACGCCACGUCGGCGACUUGACGCCGUCGUGGCAGCGCCCCGUCCCGACGACCUCCGAACCAACGCGGACAUCGGAGGGCGCCGCUGUCACGGCGGCCACGUCGACCUCGCAGGCGGCGGCGGGGGAGGCAUCCAGCCUGACGGGGGCUCCCGCCGGCGAGGCGACCGGACGUGACGACCGGGGCCGCCAGAGCGGCCAGGAGUCCGCGCCGACGGCAUCGCCCGGUGCCGCCGCCUCGCUGGCCUCGCCUGCGGCGGAAGCGACCGCCGAGGUCAGGUCCGUGCCGGUGGCCGAGACCACCGCCAGCACGGACCUGCCCGAGGUGAUCAACGAAGCCGACGCCCGCACCGACGUCCAGGAGGUGUAGGGGGUCGGCCAGGCAGAGGGUGCGGGGCCCGAGCACUCCGUGAAGACCCUGCGGUAGCGGCUCGGCCCCGCGGUGAAGGCCGCGCCCGUCUCGACGCCGGUCGACGGCGGUACGGCUGCAGUGUCGGCCGGCCAGGAGGCCCGGCUACCACGGCCGGCUAGCCGGGCCUCGUCGAUUUCGUGUUAUAUUGUGUUGUAAAUAUACUGUAUUACUGCGUCGA